AAUCAAUUUAAGACAAAAAAAGUCACUUCUACAACAUAACUAAUAAACUAAUCGCAGCCUGGGAUUAUAUUUUUGUAUGGUUAUGCUGAGAUUCAAAUACGUUUGGUAUACUGAAAUAAUUCCGCAUACUGAAAUAAUCAAAAUACCGGAAAUAAUUUGACAAUUAAUUUGCGGGUCAAAGGCCACUUGUUACCAUGGGUAUCUUCACGCGUGAGGUGACGUACUUGACGUCUGCAGAUUCGUCUCAUGAGUCGGCAAAAAUUUAAAGCAAAUUCAGUUUUCUUAUUUACGAAGUGACAGUGCUCAAGUAAAGGGGUUAUAGUUUACUGUUGUCUUAUGCUGUAACCUUCCUGUGGAUAAUAAUCAUGAAAAAUUUCAGCGAAUCUCAUAUCAUUUUCCUCCUCUUCAUUUGUGCGUUGGCGAAUGAAGUCGCUGAAUGUAUACCAAUUUGUUCGGCGGGAACUUAUUACACUGAAGAUCUAUCGGCCUGUGUUGCUUGCCCUGUUCAUGGAAAAUGCGACGAUCAAUAUUAUCGCGCCGUCAAUAGGUGCAAGAAAGCAUGUGAACGGCAAAUGCUGUCCGGCGGGGGAAUUUUACAGUCAGGAUAUACCUGGCUGUGUGCUUUGCCCUAGGAAUUGUGGGGAGCAAGACGCCCGUGAUAUUUGGAGAUGUAGACAGGCUUGCGAGAAGAAAACCACACCUCCAGCUGCGCCGACGAUUAAAGUUCAGGAGCCCACGUCAGCAAGCCAUACCACUGAGAAGCCUGCCGUCAAAACGGAAACCUUGUUGACCCCCUCAGAGAAAGCUCCGGAAUCGAAGAAAAAUGGAACGUUUCGCGGAGGCCGAAAAGUAAACGUAGGUUUUGAAGAAAAACCCGAUCCUACAGAAAAUAAAAGUUCCUCUUCAAACUCGCAAUCGGCAAUGGUAGUAACCAUUGCAGUGUUGGUAACACUUUUGGUUUGUGGAGUUGUCUAUUUCGCAUACCGGAAGGUCAAGAAGCCCGCUUCAGGGGAGGACCGUCUUCAGAAUGAAAGAGGAGAGGGAGAACAAGUCGAAAUGUGCAGCGAGGCUUCAAAUUCAACUCGGGAAUCCAGCCCUUUCACUAUCAGGCGUAUAAAUGAACGAGCUGGCAGCGUUGAAGGAAUAGAACUUCCUGUGCCUGAACAAGGCAACCGGACAUGUUCAGAGACGGAAAAAAUGCUAAAAUCAACGUUACUGCUUGAGGAAAACGAGAAUUAAACAUUAGUCUUCAAACAUUCAAAUUGAUGACGAAUGCUGACGAAUCAAAAACAGCUUCGUGCAGUUCAGCGGAAAGGUUUCUAAAAGUGCGGUUGUUAGGAUUCUUUGCUGAAUCAUUUUCUGCCUCGGAAAGCACUUGCUGAAAUGGGUUAUUCGAGCAGACAGGUCGAGAAAGAGUUCCGGGGAUCGAAUGCAAAAUUUGGGUUUCAUGGCAACCAACACCGAUUGUGUGACAAAUAACUAACGAUGUCAGCAUUUUUGGAUUCUUUUCUGUUGUGCUCAAAAAGAGGAUUAAAGACGAGUGAAUAAUGCUUUUUGAAAGACGUGAACAACUAAAACAGAAUAAUUUUUUUGGAGAACGGCCAGCCAGGGGAUAUGAAAUGACUUGAUGACUUUUAUUUGACAAUUAUUGUUCAUAUUACCAAUUAUAGACUGCAUGUGUGCAUAUGUUUCCUCUGCAAAACCUGUCGCAGCACAAAACUUAAAAAAAAAUAUUUAAAUGGUCGUGACGCUUGAGAAUAGUUCCGACUUGUUCUGGGCAAUUGACAGCAGUCAAUAUGACCAACAAAAUUGGCGGACUGAUCCCCGAUACUUCGUGUAGUCAAUAAUGACUUCUGCUAUAAUAUAAAUACCUUCACUGACAAACCAUAUAGGCUGCAAAUUGAAAUAGAAUAGGAUACAUUUUGUUUUACUCAAUUUUGACCAUUCAAAUUUAUUUGUAUAUAACACAGCUAAUAAAUAUAUU